GACAACGACGUAUCAAAUCAAAUUCUGAACGCAUUAAACCGAUUCGAUAUGGAUAUUCGCCACCCUAUCGUGUUUCCCUUCGUUAUGGUGCACUUACUAAACUCAAUGAAUUUUACUAUUCAGUCGAACAUUCAUGGUCAAACCAACCGAAAACUAGAUGGUCACUCUUUAUAAAUAAUGAUUAUUUUGGUGGAUUCAUCGAGUGGGUGAUGGAAGAGCGUAAAGAACGAAAAAAGAAACAAUUAUUAGCGAUUAAUAUUGAUCGCACCAUUAUUAUUCAGCUAUUGCCAGAUGGAUUUGCAAUGUAUAUCUGUCAGACAUGUAAUAUGAAUGAAUUUAGUGCAAAAGAAAAAAAAUUCAAUAAUGUCGUCAGAAGACAGCAUUCUCCAUCGAGUUUUCUUAGUCAUUUGGCUCCAAUACGUCCGGCAUUUGCAGAUGAUCGAUUGCCACAAAGAUCUUCUUACGAAAAGGAUAAACGAUCUGGUAUACGUAAUGGGAUUUACUUUUCGACUGUUCAAUUUGAACUUCGUAUCGAUCCGAAUCAUAUAGCGAAUGAAAAGGCUCAAAAUACGAUUCGACACACAUAUAAGUUGUUGACCAAUUUUUUUACUUUACAUAAUAUCACCAUUUGUCAUGGGAUGAUUGACUCACGUCAAGGUCCACAAGUCAAUUCGUUCCCCACUCUACAAUUACCAACUCUUAUCAUGCAAUAUUCAUGGCAAAUGCUUGUAAAUAUUGGCUAUCGUUUACAAGUUCAAAUGGAUCAACAAUUUCGUAAUGAUCUACAUCAAUUGAGUAGAGAAAAACGAAAUGCUGACGAUCUAUUCUAUCGUGUUUGCGUCUAUCUUUCGCGUCUAUUUACACUUGAACCUUUCGUCAAUUUAUCGGAAAAAUUACAUGAUGCUGUAAAAGAGUCAAAACGUAAACGAGAAGAAAGUACUUUUGGUUUGAUCAAUAGUUUGGAUUCACAAACCAACACAGAAACCUAUAUACCAUCGGUUACAUUAACACCGACCACCAUUCGAAUAAAACCAUUGAAAUUGUGUCGAACGAAUCGAGUUCUUCGAGCAGAACAAGAAUUUGGAAAAGCAUUGGAGCAUUUUGCUCUUGUCGAGAUUCGUGAUGAAAACGGUCAACGAAUUCAAUCGUUUCAUUUUCGAGAUUUACGUGAUCUUUUUCUUGACUAUUUGAAAAAUGGCUUUACUCUAAUGGAUAGUAAUCGAUAUUAUCAAUAUUUACAUCACUCACAAUCACAAUUACGUGUCAAUCAAUUUUGGUUUUAUCAUCACGAGCCAGGCAUAAAUCGUUCAUUUGACAAAGCUUAUGAAUGGAUGGGUACGUUUGAUAAAGAACGAAACACAGCAAAAUAUGCUUCUCGUGUAGCUCUAUGCUUUUCAACAACGAUUCCCACUAUUAAUAUAGAUGAGAAAAAUGUUCACUACAUCGCUGAUAUCAAGACAAAAGAUGGAAAAUUGACAUUCACAGAUGGAUGUGGCACUAUGUCAGAACAAUUAAGAAACGAUAUUCAAAAACAGCUUGGCAAGCGACCCUUCUGUGCCGUUCAGUUUCGAUAUGCAGGUGCUAAAGGUGUUGUUAGUGUCGAUCCACGACUGGGAUCAGGCCAUCAUCUAUGUAUUCGUGAUAGUAUGGAUAAAUUCAAGAGUGAACAUCGAUGUUUCGAAGUAUGUAAAAUUUCUGCACCUCGAUCGCUCUAUCUCAAUCGACAAGCCAUUCUUCUUCUGUCACAUCGGCGAAUAUCCGAUGCUGUCUUUCUUAUUCUUCAACAGCGUAACCAUUUAACUCUUAUUCGAGCUCUAUUGAGAAAUAAUGAUGCCAGAAAUUUACUUGACGAAAAAUUACCCUAUUGGUUUUUACCAUAUGGUGCUAAAAUUGAUUUUGUUCGUGAACCAUUCUUUCGACAACUAUUGAUAGCUGCUUGCCUUAUUUCAAUAGGAGAACUACUUCGACGAACACGUAUUCGUGUUCCACGCAACAAAGCUCGAAAUAUGUUUGGUAUUAUAGAUGAAUACAAUGUGUUAAAACCGGGUGAAGUUUUUAUUCAAUAUACUCGACUUAAUGAUCAUGAAGAAAAAGACAUUAAUAAUAAAGGUGAAAAGGCAUCAAUUCUUCAUAAUUGUAAGGUUGUUAUCACGAAAAAUCCUUGUCAUCAUCCGGGAGAUAUUCGAACAUUUACUGCUGUCAAUUAUGAAGCAUUGAAACAUCUCAAAGAUGUCGUUGUCUUUUCACAGCAAGGUGAUUGUCCAGCAUCACAUCAAAUUAGUGGAUCUGAUCUCGACGGUGAUGAAUAUGCAGUGAUAUGGCAUCAAGAUCUUGUUCCACUUCAAACGUCCAAUGCCAUACCAUAUAACUAUGAUUCACAGACAGCACCAUCCGAACUCGAUCGACCUGUGGAACGAGACGAUAUAAAUGAUGUUGUAUUGCACAUAGCUGAGAGUGAUUAUUUAGGACGAUUGUCUAAUUUACAUUUGGCAUAUGCCGAUCGUUAUAGUGUCGACAGUAAUGAAAAACCGGAAAAAGACGUUUUUUCGACAAUUGAACUAGCUGGAGUGAUUAGUCAAGAAGUCGAUAGUGGAAAAACUGGACAACAUCCAGUAGAUGACAAUAAGAUAAUGAAACAAAAAAAAGCAUUGGGAGAUGCAAGACCAGAUUUCAUGGAAAAUGUCAAUAUGAAAUCGUAUCCAUCAAAAAAAAUACUUGGAAAACUCUAUCGUUCAUCACGUCGAAUGUUACGUGGAUGGAAUCAACUUCUUCGACGGCAUCGUCAUUUACGUCAUUUAAAAGUUCGAACUCCUGAAGAUGAUGAAAUAGAUGAUGAAGAAGAACAAGAACAAGCAGCAAAUGCUGAUGAUAGCCAAAAAAACAUAAUUAAACUAGAUUCAUCUCUUCUUAAUACAAAUCUAACCUGGCAAUAUCAGGAAAUAUCAGCAACUGCAUCUGAAUUAUUUUAUGUCUAUCGACAAGAAAUGCUUGAAAUUCUAAAUUUAUAUGGACUUUCACAUGAAAGUGAUCUAUGGUGUAGAAAAUCAACGAAUACUACUGGUGGGGAACUUGAAGACACAGCUUAUACUCAACUCGAACAACUCGUUGUACGUACACGGGAUGCUUUCUUCUUACGCUCAGUAUCUUUCUGUCCGAACAAUAGAGACACCUGUAAUGCAAAUACUGCUUUCGAAAAUUUAUGUCAGGAAUGCCAAGAAAUACACAAUGCCGUAGCUGCUGCGUUGUAUAGAGAAUGUUACAGUGGACAAAAUGGAUCGGAACGAGCGCCAAUUUUAAGUUUACCAUGGUUAUUUACUACAGCACUUCUACAGACACGUCAAAGAGACUUACCAUCAACACAAGGUUUGCUUAGUAUGGUAAUGCCAGGUGCAAUCAACGAUUUGGUCACUCAUCAUUUAUUACAAUUAGGAGGACUGACAGUGGCACUUCGCACAUCGAACCAUCGUCAAGUCGAAGCAAGUGUACAUUGGACUGUUUGUGUUUUUGUUGAAAUUCUUCAUUAUUGUCUCAGAUCAAAGUCUUUUCAUUCAUGGCCAAUGAUCCUUAGUCAAUUCGUACGUAAAACAUCUUCCUUGCAACAGCAUAAUGCAACUGACAAAUGGUCAUUGGUCUUUGGCAAUAAAGAACAGAACGAUUUAUAUGCUGCCAUGCUCAUAUCGAUGGAAUGGACUGAGAAUGACGAUGAAUUAAUGCAUUCAUAUUUUGUUCAAUUACUCGAAAUUUGCUUUGAUCUUGAUCAGUGCAUGACCGAUGAUAUUAAUGAGUAUCUUCGAAUGAGCGAAGAAAUUAUUCUUAUACUCCAACGAAUGGCGAUUGACGAAACUUCAUGGCCGAAAAAUCGCAGAUAA